AUGGCUGACGUACUCAGCAUUCUUCGUUCGUAUAAUAUCAACAAAAAAGAAAUUAUUGAGAAAGGUGAUCAGGUUAUUUUUGGUGAAUUUGCCUGGCCAAAGACAACAAAAACAAAUUACCUUGCUUGGGGUCCUGGUAAAGAUGGCAUUUCCAAAGAAUAUUAUACAUUGGAUUGUAUCCUGUUUUUACUCAAAAAUGUCCACUUGACACAUUCGUUAUAUGUCAGAGAAGCGGCGGCAGCGGUUGUUCCUGUCGUGUGUCGCCCGGAUAGAAAGGAAUUAUUAGCGUACUUAAAUGGAGAAAUCUCAACGUCCAGUAGUAUUGACAAAAGUGCUCCGUUGGAGCUCUCUGUACAGCGACCAGUGCAGGUUAAACGAACAGCAGAUGAAACCCAAGGAGAUCAAGAAAAAAAGAAACCUCGGCUUGAAGAGGAACAAGUGCAGCAGGCUAAAAAGAAUUGGAUGAACAAGAUUGAUGCUCCUCGAGAGACUUCAAUGAUACCAUCAAAGAUUGUGUCCUCAUCACUUCCUGAAGCUCUUCCUAUGGAAAAAAUUGCAGCUAUCAAGGCAAAGCGUUUGGCCAAGAAAAGAACUAUGAUUAAAGGGGAUGACGAUAUUGCACCUGGUGCUGAUGACCAGCGGACAUUUGUGGAUGCUGAAGUGGAUGUAACACGAGAUAUCGUCAGUCGAGAAAGGCUGUGGCGUACACGAACUACUAUUCUCCAGAGUUCCGGAAAGGAAUUUGCCAAAAAUAUAUUCAGCAUCUUACAGUCCAUUAAAGCUCGUGAAGAAGGCAAUCAACGACAAAUGAAUCAUCCUUCACAGACAACUCCUGUGGCUACUCGGCCUCCUCCUGCAAUUGGUUACAACAGAUACGAUCAAGAAAGAUUUAGAGGAAAAGAAGAAACGGAAGGCUUUAAAAUUGAUACUAUGGGAACCUACCACGGUAUGACCUUAAAAUCUGUGACAGAAGGUGCACUUGCUAGAAAGACCCAAGUGCCUACACCUACUCCUAUGCCUCAACCAAGACCAAUCUCCCAGGCAAGACCUCCACCCAACCAGAAGAAAGGCUCAAGGACACCAAUCAUUAUCAUACCAGCUGCUGCCACAUCACUCAUCACCAUGUUUAAUUCUAAGGACAUGCUGCAAGAUCUUAGAUUCAUUAGCACUGAGGAGAAAAAAGCACAAGGCACAAAACGUGAGAAUGAAGUUUUAAUUCAGAGACGAAAAGAAGGAGGCCUGACUGUCCCUUAUCGUAUUAUUGACAAUCCAACAAAACUGCAAUCUGAUGAUUGGGAUCGUGUAGUUGCUGUAUUUGUUCAGGGUCCUGCUUGGCAGUUUAAAGGUUGGCCAUGGGACGGAAAUCCUGUAGAAAUAUUCUCAAGAAUUCGGGCUUUCCACGUAAAAUGGGCUGAUCUCCCUUUGGACAAUAACAUUAAGAAAUGGGCAGUGAAUGUGAUUAAUUUGGAUAGAAACAAACGUCAUUUGGACAGAGCCAUGUUGCAACAGUUUUGGGAACUUUUGGAUAAGUACAUGAUGAAAAACAAAAAUCACCUUCGAUUUUAA